CUCUGAAGGGGGGCCUCGGCUUCAACACGUGAGAGAGAGGAGCGGAGAGGAGCCCUGAAGACACCGAAACAGUCCAGCACCUUUGACUCUAGGAGUAUAUUAUUCAUGUGUGAACCCACAGAGGCAUAGGACACCAACACAAUGCCCACAAUCACUCUGCCGCCGAAGGAGAACGCUCUCUUCAAGAGAAUAUUGAGAUGUUACGAGCACAAGCAGUACAGAAACGGACUGAAGUUCUGCAAACAGAUCCUGGGCAACCCAAAGUUUGCAGAACAUGGAGAGACGCUGGCCAUGAAGGGUUUGACCCUCAACUGUCUGGGGAAGAAGGAGGAGGCCUACGAGCUGGUGCGGCGAGGCCUCCGCAACGACCUCAAGAGCCACGUCUGCUGGCAUGUGUACGGCCUGCUGCAGCGCUCUGAUAAAAAGUACGACGAGGCCAUCAAGUGUUACCGCAACGCUCUGAAGUGGGACAAGGACAACCUGCAGAUCCUCCGAGACCUCUCCCUGCUGCAGAUCCAGAUGAGAGACCUGGAGGGAUACAGGGAGACUCGCUACCAGCUGCUGCAGCUCCGUCCAGCCCAGCGGGCUUCAUGGAUUGGUUAUGCUGUAGCCUAUCACCUUCUGGAGGACUUUGAGAUGGCCGCAAAGAUUGUGGAGGAGUUCCGUAAGACGCAACAGACGUCUCCAGACAAAGUGGACUACGAGUACAGUGAACUGCUGCUGUAUCAGAACCAGGUCCUGAGGGAGGCCGGCCUGUACAAAGAGGCCCUGGAUCACCUCAACAACUAUGAGAAACAGAUCUGUGAUAAACUGGCUGUGGAGGAGACGAGAGGAGAGGUGCUGCUAAAACUGGAGAGGCCUGAGGAGGCUUUAGAGGUCUACAGGAAACUCCAGGAGAGGAACCCUGAGAACUGGGCCUACUACCAGGGUCUGGAAAACUCCUUAAAGCCAGGUAGUGCCGAGGAGCGUCAGAAGAUUUAUGAGGAGGCCUGGGUGAAGUUCCCUAAAGGCCUGGUUCCUCGAAGGCUUCCUCUUAAUUUCCUCACAGGGGAGAAGUUCCGUGAAUGUUUGGACAGCUAUCUAAGGAUGAACUUCAGUAAAGGCUGCCCGCCCGUCUUCACUACCCUUAAAUCCCUCUACACUGACAAAGACAAGGUUUCAAUCAUUGAAGAAUUAGUAGUCGGCUAUGAAACUUGUUUAAAAAGCUGUCGAAUGUUUAAUGAAAACGAUGAUGGAAAGGAGGAGCCCCCCACCACUCUGUUGUGGGUGCAGUAUUUUCUGGCACAGCACUUUGACUUCGUAGGUCAGGCCGUCCUCGCCCUGGACUACAUCAACACGGCCAUCGACAGCACGCCCACGCUCAUCGAGCUCUUCCUCAUCAAGGCCAAGAUCUACAAGCACGCAGGCAACAUAAAGGAGGCGGCUCGAUGGAUGGACGAGGCUCAGGCACUGGACACCGCCGACCGCUUCAUCAACUCCAAGUGUGCCAAGUACAUGCUGAAGGCCGGCCUGGUUAAAGAAGCAGAGGAGAUGUGCUCCAAGUUCACACGGGAGGGGACGUCGGCAGUAGAGAACCUGAAUGAGAUGCAGUGCAUGUGGUUCCAGACAGAGUGUGCCUUGUCCUACAAGGCUAUGAACAAGUUAGGCGAUGCCCUGAAAAAGUGCCACGAGAUCGAGAGGCAUUUUGUGGAGAUCACAGACGACCAGUUUGACUUCCACACCUACUGCAUGAGGAAGAUGACAUUGCGCUCCUACGUGGACCUGCUGAAGCUGGAGGAUGUCCUGCGGCAGCAUCCGUUCUACUACAAAGCAGCUCGCACCGCCAUCCAGAUCUACCUGGCCCUGCACGACAAACCUCUGACCGACGACAACAAGGAGAGCCAGGCAGACACUGAGAAUCUGACAGACAAGGAGCUGAAGAAACUGCGCAACAAACAGCGAAGAGCGCAGAAGAAGGCACAGCUAGAGGAGGAGAAGAAGAACGCAGAGAAAGAGAAGCAGCUGAAAAACCAGAAGAAGAAGAAAGAGGACGACGACGAGGAGAUCGGAGGGCCGAAAGAGGAGCUAAUACCUGACAAACUGGCCAAGCCGGACAGUCCUCUGGAGGAGGCUGUGAAGUUCCUGAUCCCUCUGAAGAACCUGGUGAGGAACCAGAUCGAGACUCACCUCCUGGCCUUCGAGAUCUACUUCAGGAAAGAGAAGUACCUGUUGAUGCUGCAGUCAAUAAAGCGAGCUGUAGCCAUCGAACCUUCUAACCCAUGGCUGCACCAGUGUCUAGUGCGCUUCUUCAAAGGAGUGAGCGAGAGUGCGGACCUGCCGGAGGCGGUGAGGACGGUGUUGAAGCAGGAGAUCUCCAGGCUGUUUGGGGAGAGCAACCCUCAGAGCUACAACAAGAACUACCUGAGCCAACAUUCAAACUCCAUCCCCCACAGACUGGCCGCUGCUAAGAUGAUGGUCUACCUGGAGCCUUCUUCUGAUAAGAUGGCCUGUGAGAUAGCGACGGCCUUGGAUGAGUCGCUGACAGGAGGAAGCAUCCAGAUCUCUACUGAGGUGCUGGAGGCUUUGUGCGACGGGCAGCUGGGCGAGGGUCAGCAGCAGAAGGUGGUCGAAGCCUACCGAACCGCCUGCCACAAGAUCUUCCCCUACAGCCUGUCCUUCAUGCCUCCCGGUUACCAAGACAACAGCACCAACAUCAGUGCCAACGGCGACCUGUCGGCAGGAGAGCACGACGACAUGGCAAACGAAAUGUGAGCUCAUCAGAGGAAGAAGAGGAGGAGGAGAGAAAAAAAAAAGAGGAAGAGGUGCGAACACGCCGCCAGACGCCUUAGUCCACCAACAUGCCCGUUACCCCAACCUAGAGCCCCUCUCCCUCUCUCCCCCCCCUCCCCCUACCCCACCUCUCCACCUCUCCUCUCCCCCUCCACCCCCGGGCUAUGGCAGCUGUGUGUCGCCCCUGCAUUGCACUGAUCUCGAUGGACUGAGCGCCGCAGGAGAGAGAGAGAGAAAGGAGCUGGCACAUAGAGGAAGACGAUGCCCAUUUAACUUUUUUAAACAAUAAAAAACAAAAAAGGCCCUGUCCACACAAAAAACAAAACAACAACAACAGAUAAAUACAGGUAUGGAAGAGGCGAAAGAGGAUUCUGAAAAAAGUGGACACUGGCUGGCUAAGAUGGCUUCUGUAAACACAGUCUAGGUUUUCUAUAACUCCUGUGUUUUCACGCCAUGUCCUUCUUGUAGGUGCAUCUGCUUCUCACGUUUUUAAAAGUAAUUUAUAUAUUACAAACUGACAAAAAUUAAUAAAACAAUGUUUGCAAAACCAAAACGGUACCAUUGUAAUAGUGGUGGUGAUGAUGUCGUCGUUCAGAAUGUGAGCUGCUGUUUGCCAAAAAGAAAAAAAAAAAGAAAAAGAAGGGAAAGUAGCUGGUUUUGCAGGUUGUAGCCGUCCUGCAGUUCUCUGCCGUGCCACACGAGGGCGCUGCCUGUUCCCAACAUGAACUGGAGGAGGAGGAGGUGACUGAAUGAGCUGCAGAUGUCAGUGUUGUGACACACUGAUGUUGAACGCUGCCUGCAUCUCUUCCAUUGGAUCCUGGUGGAGAAACAACAGCGAGAGGUCCAAUGAAAACCACUGGAUUCAACCUGCUCCUGUUUAUCAACCAGCAAAGCAGUUCUGAAUAAAACUGGGUUGAAUAAAA